AUGGAAGAACCUAUUCAACUUAAUCCAAGACAACAAUCUAAAUCAAAAGAAGUCCAAAGAAAAGAAUCAGAAGAAGAGAAAUUCGAUGUAGCAGAUUUCCAAGCGAAAUUAGAUACAUCACUUGGAAAUUUAUAUCGAUUAGUAGAUUCAUGGAUCCCACCCAACCUACGUACUACUACUGCUCCAUUAUCUUCAAGAUCAUUUGAACCACUUAAACCUGCAUUACAACCUAGAUUAGGUUUAGGAGCUAAACCAAAACUAUCUGAAAUCACAAGUUCUAAUCAACUACGAAACCAAUUGUUAAAACGAAAAUCAUCCAACAGAUUUGGUGAAGAUAGCAAUUCGGUUUCAGAAGAAUUAAAAAAAGAAGAAGAGGAAGAGGAUCAAGAUCAAGAUAGUAGAACGAAGAUUUCAUUUGGUUCUAAAGAUUUGGUUGUAGAUCGGUUCUUACCUAGAUCUAAAAUUAAAUCGAUAACUUUAUCUGAUCUAGAAGAGAAUCCUUUAAAACUUUCUAAAAAACAAUUAAAGAAACGUAGGAAACUUGAAAAACUUUCUGAAAUUAAUCCAACAAACCCAAGAACAGACGAAAAUGAUGAGGUCUCAUCUUGUUUACAAACUGAAGUAUCUACUUCUAUGCGUACUACUCCUGAUACUGAACGAACCCCAUCUCUUACUGAAAGUUCAUCACAAUCAAUAUCAUCAAAUACGAACAACCAACCAAAGAAUGGUGAAACAAAUACACUUAAUCCUAUGAUUUCGAAUCUAGUCACCAAACCACAAAAAGAGAUCUCAUUAAUUUCAAAAACAAAUCAUUUAACAUCAAUACCUUCUACACCGGAAUCAGAUAUCCAAAAAACAAAUCCAUCAAAUCCUAUAACACUUACCAAACAACAAAUCAAAAAACAACGAAAUAAACUUAAGAAGAAAUUAAAAAGACAAGAAUUAAAAGAUUUAGAAGAGAAAUCGAACAUUGGAGAACAUCAAAAAUGA